AUGGAUCCUACUUUUGGACCAACGCUCAGUGCAGUAGUUUACAUCAACAACAUUGAUUCCAGUUUGACCGGAGGCUACGAAUUGAUCUCCGAUCAUCUGCAAAUUGAGAAUCUAAAACUGUGUUCAACAUCUACAAUAUUCGAGUCACGUCUGAAAUCACAUACCACAAACAAUUUUGACAAGCACUCAAUGAUUUCUGGAGGCAAUAUUCGCCUGCAACUCAACAUAACAAGUGCCCGAACAUCUCAAAUUUACGGUGUCGAAAACAUGUGUAUCGUGCGCCUCAUGGACACAUCUUUGAAGAACUUUGCGAAUUUUAGGGAGACGCUAAUCGACUUAAACAAGUUUACCAAUGAACUUCAAAAUAACCGCCCUUCCUAUUACAACGACAGGACCAUCUAUAACACGAAGACGGCAUUCGACGCAAUUGGCCUAGAAUUCAUUGAAUUUCGACAACCAAGUAUUCGGAUCGAACGUAGGGAUUGUUCUGGUGUCCAUUUCCCCCCAAUCACUUCUGAAACUGAUGUUGGCAAUUGGGUGGAUAUGAAUUCUUCCAAAAUAUUCGAAAACCCUGUUCUUUAG